UCUUCAGCAAUCCUUUGAUUCUCUUGUGGAGCUGCACUACUAAAGAAUCCUUCAAGAUGAAAACCUUCAUUCUGAUCGCCUGCAUCCUGGGGACUGCUCUCGGCCGCCCUCAAAGGCUGGUCAUGGAGUUUGACUUCCAGGCUGCCAACGCUCAGGCUCUCCAAGCUGGACAAGCCAGACCUGAUCUAGAGAUUAUCCUUCCUGUUGGUGGUGGAGUACCUUCAGGUGGUUUCAUCAAACAGGAGAUCCCCCAGCCACUCGGCCAGGAGAGCGUUGAGAUCUACCACCCCUUCAGCAUCCAGGUUGCCCCACCUGCUCCUGCUGCACCUGCCCAUACUCAUACAUCCGAUGAGGAAGACGAUUAGAGAUAUUACCAAUAAUUGGAUAUCUACAAUACCCUUUGAUGAACAACGAUGUCCUUCAACUCCAAAGCUGCUUUUAGUGUCCUAGAUUGAUUCAGUAAAUGCAAUGCUUAACCCAGCAAUAAACAUAGUGUAACAUGGUGCUUAACCGAUGGCUUGAUGCAUGAAAGCUGUGUGUAAUUGUUUGUACUUGG